GAGAGACGAAGGGCGGGACUUCCGGUCGGUGACGCAGCUGGCGAAGUGGAAGCCCCGCCGUCAAUCAAAUUAGGAAAAAAACAAACUGGACUAAAGCGAGCGCAGGCACCGAUUAAAAUCACCAUGCUCGGAGUGUAAUUAAACGCAGAUAUCAGUCUUCUUCAAAGAACUCAAGUAAUGACCGCGCCUGAAGGGCCAGUGAAAGCGGGCGUCAUGGCGGACAGCAGCAGCGCUCAGGACGGCGGCGGCGCGGAGCAGGACGGACAGCCCUCGUCGCUCGCCCUGCUCGCCGCCACUUGCACCGGCCUCGGUUCGCCCGCCCCCGGAGCAGAGAACGGGGCGAGCUCCAAUAAUACUGCUGCUGCUGCUGCUGCUGCUGGAGGGAACGCAGACCUCUCAGUGCAGUUAACAGGGUCGUCUGAAAGGUGGGAGGCGGUGAAGGACGACUCCGGUGUCCUGCAUCUCCCAGGCACGGGCAUCGUCACGUCCAACGGACAGUAUGUUCUUCCUCUCCAGAGCCUCCAGGGUCUCCAGAACCAGUCCAUCUUACUCACGUCAGGGACCGACGCGUCCGGCGGCGCAGUGCCUAACAUCCAAUACCAAGUCAUCCCUCAGGUGCAGACGGCCGAAGGGCAGCUGGGUUUCUCUGCCUCUUCCGUCGAGGGGGCCUCGAUGGCGCAGGACGCCGCAGGGCAGAUCCAUAUCCUCCCAGACGGCACACAGACCAUCAGCGUCUCGGGCGCAGACGUGCUCAGCAACAGCCAGCACCUCAUGACACAGUCUGGCCAAGUGCACCAGAUCCCGCAGGUGUCUCUGGGAAGCUCCGCCUUCAGCACUCAGGGUCAGGUGGUCACUAACGUGCCUCUGGGUUUGCCUGGUAACAUUACCUUUGUGCCCAUAAACAGCUUGGAUCUGGACUCUCUCGGGCUUUCCGGAGCCCAGCCGAUCGCCACCGGCGUCACGGCUGACGGACAGCUGAUCAUGACCAAUCAGAGCCUGGAGAACUCUGAGGGCUCGGCCAAAGCAGGGGAACAGCAACAGACGCUCAACUCCAGUGCAGACAUGUUUGUGCCUACCACGUCCUCCUCGUCCUCGCAGCAGCACACCAGCACGAUAGACAGCAUGGGCGUGUUGACGCAGUCUGCGGCGGGAGAGCAGGGCGACGGCUCGGGCUACCUCAGUCAGGGCGCGGUGCAGGUGUCUGGAGGACAGCAGGUGAUCCAGUUACAGCAGUUGCCCUUGCAGACCGCUGACGGCCAGGUGUCUGCUCAGGCCCAGCAGUCUCUGCAAAACGUCCAGCUCAUCAACCCAGGAACAUUCCUCAUCCAGGCCCAAACCGUCUCCCCGUCAGGACAGAUACAGUGGCAGACCUUCCAGGUCCAGGGAGUUCAGAACCUCCAGAACCUUCAGCUCCAGACGGCUCCAGCUCAGCAGAUUACUCUGGCCCCGGUGCAAACGCUGUCUCUGGGUCAGGGCGGUACACCUGUCAGCCUGACCUCUGGACAGAUGCCUAACCUGCAGUCGGUGACGGUGAACGCUGUGGGCCAGUUCCAGCAGUCCGAGGACACGGACAGCACUGGAGAUAUUCAGAUUAAGGAGGAGCCUGAUUCGGAGGAGUGGCCUCUGGACAGUAGCUCUACGCUGAAUGCCAAUGACCUCUCUCACCUUCGUGUUCGUUUAGUGGAGGAGGAGAUGGAGGGAUUGAGCCAGGAGGGCAAACGUCUGCGCAGGGUCGCAUGCACCUGCCCCAACUGCAAAGAGGGAGGCGGGAGGGGAUCUAACAUGGGCAAGAAGAAACAGCACGUGUGCCAUAUAGCUGGCUGCGGGAAGGUAUACGGGAAGACGUCUCACUUGAGAGCUCACCUGCGCUGGCACUCGGGAGAGAGACCCUUUGUCUGCACCUGGAUGUUUUGUGGGAAGAGGUUCACACGCAGUGAUGAAUUGCAGCGACACAGGAGAACACAUACUGGAGAGAAGAAGUUUGUGUGUUCAGAGUGUUCGAAGCGGUUCAUGCGCAGCGAUCACCUGGCCAAGCACAUAAAGACGCAUCAGAACAAGAAGGGAGUGGGCGGAGCCAUGGUGGCCAGCGUGGGCGGAGCCGUGUCCUCGGACAGCAUCAUCACGACGGGCGGCACCACACUCAUCCUCACCAACAUCCAGCCCGGCACCAUGCAGGGCCUGGCCACCGUCAGCGCUACCGUCAACACGUCCAGCUCACAGGACCAGCUGAGCACAGCCGAGAUUCCUCUGCAGUUAGUCUCAGUGUCCGCCGGGGACGCGGCCGAGUGACGAACCGUGAACGCUCUGUUAGACUGCCAAGGCUCCGCUUCUUCCUGUAUGACAUCACAUCCUCUUCUCCCGCAACCUGAGACUUUAUACGUCGAUUCCAAGCUCACGCAUUUACCUUGCUUUUAUACCUUUACAUAUUUACCCUCCUUUACGUAAAUAAGUACAUUUACGUGAAUGCAUAUACACACACACACACACACACACACAUACACACACACACACACACACACACAUAUAUAUUAUUAUAUAUAUAUUUUACAAAUAUAGAAUUAUUGGGGUUUUUGUUUAUCUUUUUAUGGGGGAAGCAUUAUUUCUUGUUUUCACAUACUACACUGAAAUGCCUUAUAUUGUAUUAUAAGCUGCCGUGUACAAAGCUCGAGUUCUUCAUGGGUGUCAAGCAUCUGUUUCAGUGUGUACUUGUUGGAACGGGAAUAAUCGUGUCAUGUGACAGACGGGUCGCUGAUGUUAAAGGAGCAGCUCAGCCAAAAGUGAAAAUCCUCACAUUAUUUAUCCCCCCCCCCCUCCAUUACAGCGUUCCAAACUUGUGCGGUUGCUUUGAGGGAAAAUUGUUUUCUUUCCAUGCAACAACACUUCCAUGUCUGUCAAGCUCCAGAAUGGACAUGUGACUAGAAUCACGCUGUGUGAGAAACACCCAAAAUGCAAGCUUUUAUUCAGUGAGAGUCGUCCCAUCAGCUUUGUAACUUUGUCAGACUCUGUGUUUUAUGUCGUGGGCUUUGGUUUGGUGGGAAGUUAAGCAUCUGUUGUAGCGUCUUGGGUCUGAACUAGUUCUCGUGGAGCGGGGAAGUAAUGACAGAAUUUUCAUUUCUGUGGGUGAGCUGUUUCUCAUUUUAAUUAUAGGUCGUAAGUGAUAUUCGUGGUGUAAGUUCUCCAUAUAAGGAGGAAGAUGUAAAACUUUGGAGAGAAGCUUGCCAUUGUGCUGUUGGGAGUCAUGAAGGUGUCCAAUAGUGUCUUUACAUGUCUCCGAUGCUCCUCAUGAAAAUGCAUUUGAUUUAUUUUAUGUAGAUUUAUUUUGUGUAGGUAAACCCAGUCCUGGCAAAGGGGAAAAUAUGAAACAAUCAUGUAAUUAAAAGCAUUUUAUGUAUCAUAAUUCUCUAGUUGAUCAGAUCUUUCAAUAUGAAUUUGUUGCAAAUGAAGGCUUUUUUGAGCAAAGUGAUAUUUAUAUACAUUGUAACCUGGAUUUGUGGUGUCCACAACUGCUUUUCUAAGAAAAAAAAAACUCCCUUCGGCUUUACUUUUUUAAAGAACUGGACUGUAAACAGCAUCAAGAAUCAUUUGUAUGAAAUGAAGCGGUUUGUAGUUUGCCAAAUUUUAUAAAUGGAGAGAAAAACUCUUGGUUUAUGUCUGAUGGUUUGCAGCAUUAAUAUCUGUUCUGUGUGUUUCAGGACCAAACGAGCAGCUCCGAGUGUCUGGCAUCAAUCUGCCGUGUCAAAAUACUUCAGUAACAGGCUUUUGGGAUGUUAAAUGAGCAAAAGCGUGGCGGGACCUUUGCAGUCACAUCACUGUCUAACCACGUAGUGAUGUAGGCGACGUUCAAUAUGUAGGUUUUGAACUUCCUCUCCUUCGUUCGCUUACUGUAUUGCCGUGAGUCUGACGCCUUGAAUCACAGCGAGAUUGCUCUCGAAGGAGUUAGCUAAUGAGUGUUGUGUAAGGAGGUCAAGGUUUUAUUUGAACACACUGCAGGUCAUCAGGGAGGACGCACUCGUUUGCUGUUAGUCCAUGUACAAGUAUGGCUUUGUUUCCGUGUGGUACUGUACAGUUAAUCUCCGCUGAUCUGUUUUUAUCCCUUCAGCUAAUCAUCAUGUCUCUUUAUCUACCCAUUUUGAGUACCAUUGCCAAUUUUUGUGUUGGGGAUUCUAUACCUCCCGUAGCCAAGUUUGUAACGAUCAGAGUUUGAUUGAAAAGGUCCAGCGGGGUUAAUGGCAGAUAAUCAAACACUAUUUUGUUUUCUGAUUUGAUAAAGUGGUGUUCUGUCACAGGGAUCCAGAAUUGCAAUUUUUUUUUUUUUUAGUUUGUGAAGUCUAAUUCGAUUUUGUUCAUUAUAAAUAGCAUCUUAUCAUGUCACUUUUAUAUUUUUAUUUGGUCAUUUUUCCAAGAACGCUUCAGACUAUUGUACAAUGCCCACUUUUGAGGGCAGCUGUUUAUUUCACACUAAAAUGACUAAAUCUAA